AAAAGACAAAUUUCCCCACCCGCCCCGACUCUCUCAGCCAACUGAACUAAAGUCGCGAUUCAGAAUUUUCUGACCAUACCGUCGCUCUGACCCGUGGGGUUUAGGCCAGCGAGUAGGGAAUAAGAAGAAGAAGGCCCCCCCGCCCUUCCUCCGGCGAGCAUAGGAUAUAUAGAUAGGCUAUGAUGGACCGGACUCAGCUUCUCCUGGUGGGCCUGCCCCUCUUCCUCCUCUGCUCAGACCUCUUCAAUCUCUUCGCACCACCUCCUCCCAAGCCGGCCCACCACGACCACCACCACAACCACCACCAUAAUUACCAGCCAUCCAAAACCCAAUCCACGAUCCAACAACCAUCCCCGGACUUCACCAACCAUGCAGCGAGUGGAGCUGGAGCCAUUGGAUUUGGUAACACCGUUAAUAUUGACUUCUGCGCCUCUUGUUCUUACAGAGGAACUGCAGUGACAAUGAAGAACAUGUUAGAAACUCAAUUCCCUGGGAUCAAUGUUGUUCUUGCUAAUUAUCCUCCUCCGCUUCCAAAGCGUGUUUUGAGCAAACUGGUUCCUGUUGUUCAGAUUGGUGUAAUGUCUAUUGUAUUGGCUGGUGAACAUAUUUUCCCACGUUUGGGGUAUGCAGUACCACCUCCGUGGUACUAUUCGUUGCGUGCAAAUAGGUUUGGAACUAUUUCAAGCACUUGGCUCCUCGGAAAUUUCCUGCAAUCAUUCUUGCAGAGUUCUGGUGCUUUUGAAGUAUACUGUAAUGGAGAAAUGGUAUUCUCUAAACUAAAGGAGAGCAGGUUCCCUGGGGAAAUUGAGCUUAAAGAUCUCGUAGCCAGGAGGAUUGCUAGUUCACGAGUUGUGGAUGGUCUGGGUGGAGCUAACUGGUCUUCCUAAAAUAAGUUGAUCACCGUUCAUACAACUACGUUGACCGAGUAUUAGCUUCAUUUGAUUUUGGUAUAUUCCGUGUAUUCACAAACGGAGUUUGUACUUGUACUAUUGGCUUAAAGAUUUUCCUAUUUGUUUAAACUUGUAAUUUUGUAGGCUCUAAAUGCCAAAGUUAGUGAAAUUGCAACACCCUUUUAAGUGGACGGAUAUGCUAGCUGCUGGGGCAAACAUUUGUAAACUUUUCUUGCUCCGUUCAUUCAUGCAUAGGGCAUCGGAUCAAGGGAUCCUAGUUUUUGGGUAUAUUACCCUAGUGCC